ACAGCUUUUAUUGAUGACUCCACGAUAGUGUUAUAAUAUAUUGUGUUUUGAUCGUUCGAAACGAAAAAACAAAAUUUUGUUGGGCGUUUUGUACAACGAGUUUUUCCCAUUUGUUACAAAAGAGCCGAAAAAAUCGAACCUUUGAACCUUUUGUUUCAACAAUUGACAAUUAUUCAAACGUAAAAAAAUGGCUAGUCAAACACAAGGCAUUCAACAACUUUUAAUGGCUGAGAAAAAGGCAGCCGAAAAAGUUCAAGAAGCUAGAAAAAAGAAAGCCCGCCGUCUUAAACAGGCUAAAGAAGAAGCAUUGAUCGAGAUUGAACGAUUCCGUAAUGAACGAGAAAAUGCAUUCCGUGAAUAUGAAUCGAAACAUAUGGGUUCAAUGGAUACAAUUAAAGGAUCCAUCGAACAGGAUACUUUGAUCAAAUUGGAACAAAUGACCAAAACGGUGACGGGAGCCAAAGAAAUUGUCAUUAAAGAUCUUCUUACACGUGUUAUAUGCGAUGUACAGCCCAAACUACAUACCAAUCUUCGUCUUACGGAGAUUUAGGAUUGAUAUUUCGAUUUUAUUCAUUUUCUUUCAACAAUACAUACCAUUAAUUAAUUGAAUUAUAUCCAAAAAAUUAUUUUAUCCAGAUCAUCAUUACUUACAUUGUGUUUAUUUUCUUUGU